UCUAUCUUCAAAAACAUCGUAUUAACUUUUGAUUUCGACGCGUUCCAAUCGCAGUCAUGCUCAGGCUACUGAUAAUGUGCUCAAUUCUGGGGCUCUUCGGGGUUCUCUUCGAGGCGUUCGGCGCUGGCGCCGAACCGAUGGAUUUACCGAUGGCGAAUAUGAAGCCCAUGAACGCGGAAAAAACGGAAACAAAUAUGGCUCCGAAAUCGAAACGCCACUACGAUCAUUCUGGAUCACCUUGUCCGUUGUCUUACGAACACACCCCGGGUCUUUCCGCCUACUCCGCAGCUUCGGUUCACCAAAAACCGUUCGUCGUUGCUAAUUAUCAGAAACCAAUGGUGCCGAAAAUGAUCUACCAAACGAUUCAGAGACCCGCGAUCCACCCCGCCACUUUCGCCCAGCCGAUGGUCAAACACCAAGUUCAGUACGUUCAGCAACCAAAUUACGUACAUACCGUCAAGGAACAUCCGAUUUCGUACGUUAAACCUGCCGCACCAACGAUAUCGUACGAAAAUCUCCAUAAAUUGGUUACAAGUUACAUCAAACCGGUACACGAAAAUCAUCAGGUGCAAAUGAUGAGUCCACAAGUCAAAGAAAUUCCGUGCGAUCCUCCCGUGUCUGUGGUAAUUCAGAAGCCUAUGCCCAAACCUGCCCCAAUGAUAUGGAACGAGCAAUCUUACUACCCGAAACAAUUGAUCCCGAUUUCUUACCAUCGGAAACCCAUGAGCAUUCCUAAGCCGAUUUUCGUACCAUCUGGUUAUCAACAUCAGUCGACGGACGUUCUUUACCAUAAGCCGUCUCCGAUUGCCAAGAUUCCCGUGGUUACGCCGAAACCAGAACCUUGCGACGAACCUGUUCAGAAAAAAAUAUCUUACGUAAAAGUACCCCAAUCGAUUCCCCAAGCCGUUCACGUACCCGCGUUUCAAUACGCCCCCAAAUAUCACGAACCGAUGUUCGAGAUCGUUGCGCCAAAGAUACAACCCCAAAUAAUUCACGUGGCUCCUAAAAUUCACCAGCCAGUCGUGGUGCAACAGCCGAUGGUCCAAUACGCUGAAAAAGCUCAUUCGGAAAACUCCGUGGUUCAGUACGCGCCACUACAACCGAUCGUUUAUGGGCCUCCGAGUAACGGAGAACAUUACGCUGCUCCGCCGACUAUGGCGUCACACGUUGACCAUCAAGGGCAUUACCAGUCGCCGAUUAUACGUGCAAAACAACAACCUUGCGACAAAUAAAAUCCCUUGCAUAACAUUUUUUCUUCAACCAUUAACACGUUUUUCAUUAUUUUUAAUUUAAAAGAAAAAAAAAAAAAAAGAAACAGACGUCUGUAU